UCGUCCAUCCCUCGAUUUCAUGCAAGUUCUCCGAUUCUUUCAUACGAUCGAGCAAAACACAAGCAUGAAAGUCAUCCAGGGAAAAUUUCUCAGGGCCUGCCUACGGAAGUGCAGAAAGUUGGAUACAAAAGCAAUAUCUCCUGCACCCUGUGACAGAUGCUGGCAACUGCUUUCAUCACGGUCAGUGCGUAAAAAAAAGAAGACCGUUCCCAGGGAUGUUCCCAAGGGCCACUUGGCGAUCUACGUAGGUGAAUUCAGAAAAAGAUUUGUGAUCAAAAUUACCUUACUCGACCACCCACUGUUCAGAGCGUUGCUGGAUCACGCUCAAGAAGUAUAUGAUUUCACUGCAGACUCGAAGCUGUGUAUCCCUUGCGAUGAGAGCAUUUUCCUUAGCGUUGUCCGCUGCGCUACAUCCCCAGAAAAUCAACCAAUCUGCAUCUCCCUUUGAUGGCUCACCUAAGGAGUUUGGAUCAGAUUUUUGCCAGGAUCUUUUUGACUCCCUCGUAUAUUAGCACGAUGUUAUAUAGCUGUUACUUCUUGUACACCA